CCCGCUCCGCUCCGCCCGUGCGGCCGCGGGGCUGGGGGAGCGCGGCGCCGAGGAACCGGGCGGCGGCGGCCACAGCCAGGUCUGUGGAUUUGUCAGCCUUGCAGGCUUCUGGAUGCAUCUUCCCUCAGCCAUGAGGAGAUCAAAAGGAUUUAAUAUCUGUGUGGUCACCUGCAGCAUCCUGCUCUUGUCCUGCAGCCUUCCAUGCCUUGCUCAGCCUCUGGAGGAGACUGGUGUGACAAAGGUCCAGCACGGCCCCUGGGCAGGGAAUGGGCUGGAAGAUGAAAGGACAGGCAUGGUGGACUUGAAAAACAAUCUGGGCCCUUCUGAUCAGGCAGCCUCUGAGGAGCCAUGUGCAGUGUCAGCACAGCCAUCUGGGACACCUGUGGAUGAAGCUUUCACUGCAGGAGGAGAAGCUCUCCCUGCCAGCCCGAGCCGUGUUGUCCCCAGCAGCCAGGCCCUGGGGGCUCACCCCUCUGCUGGGGCACUGCCUGCUGUGCCUGAGGAGGAGCUGGCUCCCACUGAGGCACAGCUGGACGAGGAUGAAGCACUGAGGGCCAUGCUGACCACAGCUGUGACCACACUGAGCCCUCCAGUCCAGGAGGAGUCUGGUGGCCCUGUUGGUGACACCACAACAGAGGGUGGUGUGGCAGUGGAGCCCAGCUCUGCUGGCCCCUCAGCAAACCCCCUUUCUGGGACCACUGUGGAGGAAGAGGAGGAAGGAGAGAGCAGCUCCCAGCCCACACUGAGCCCCAGCUCUCCCAGCUGGGAAGCAGCCAGUGGCCACCCUGUCAUCCCAACUCCCCAGGCUGCGGGUGUGACCUCUGAGCUGGAGAUGCUGAGACCCCGCACAGGGAGCCCUCUGAGAUCCCUGGCUCCACCAACAUCUGUGGCUGCCAGACAUCCCCUUGUGGCAACUGAGGCCUCCCUUCAGCCAGAAGCAGGGACGGGUGUCACACAACGAGAGCUGCCCCCCACGGCUGGCACUGUCACCAUUGCCCCUAUGGACACUGUGCCACCUGACUGGGAUGACACAAAACUGGGGGACAUCAGUCAAGGGGGAAGCAUGUCUCACCAGGAGGUGACAGAAGAGCUGGGGACAACAGAACCAUCCCAGACCACUCAGGAGGAUGUGGAGGAGGAGGAGGAGGAUGCCACAAGAGCAGUGCCCUCCCCAGUAUCCCCUCCACCAGCACCUGGGCUUGCCAAGGAGAGCAACUGCACAGUGCCAGUGCAAGGAGAGGAGCUGCCAGCAACUUCCACAGGCAGCAAUGAUGCCUUCCACACAGGGAACCUGUCAGAUGCAGACACAGCUGAUCUUGGCUCUCUGGAAAACAUAAGUGCAGUCACAGCAGAGGAGGAGAAAAGUGUCCCUCCAUCACAGCCAGAGGCUGCUGUGGUGACAGAUACCCAGCCUGAGCUCUCUCCUACUCUGGGGACUUCAUGGGAAGGUGUUACUCAGGAGAUGACAACAGCUGCCCAGGAGGCUGAUGCUGCUCUGUCAGCUGUGACAGAGGUGCCUGGUGCCACCCAGGGAGCAGGGGCUGCCAGCUUUCCUCAGGAGAACAGCGGGGAGGACACCCAGAUGCUGACGGCUCCCAGUGCCACCGAGGUGCUGGUGGCACCUGGUGCCUCCUCCACAGUGAACCCUGUGCAUGCAGAAGAUCUCACAGAUGGGAUCCUGGUCACCAGUGAGAAGGCUGUUCCAGCCACUGGUGGGAUGUCUUCUAGCCCAGCUGGACAGACAGAGGAGCCAUCCAGCAGAACUGUGGUCCUGGUGACUCCAGCAUCAGUGGGCUCCUCUGUCAGGAGAACAGCUCUUCCCUCUGUGCGGAGGAUCAGCACGGCCGUGACCUACGGGCUGGACCGCCUGGAGUCAGAAGAGGGUGAGGAAGAGGAAGAGGAUGAAGAGGAGGAGGAGGAAGAAGAAGAGGAGGAAGAGGAAGACGAGGAGGACAAAGACAUUGACCUGAUGGAUGAAAGCAUGGAGGGCGACACGGAGCUGCCAGGUUUCACACUUCCAGGAGAGACCUCCCAGGAGCCCCUGGCUGGCCUGGAAAACCCUGUGGCCCAGCUGGCUGGGGUAUCCUACCAGGUUCCUGACACCAUUGAGUGGGAGCAGCAGAACCAGGGUCUGGUGAGAAGCUGGAUGGAGAAGCUGAAAGAUAAGGCAGGAUACAUGUCGGGGAUGCUGGUUCCUGUGGGAGUUGGAAUAGCUGGAGCCCUGUUCAUCCUGGGAGCGCUCUACAGCAUUAAGAUUAUGAAUCGCCGGAGGAGAAACGGCUCAAAGAGACAUAAAAGGAAGCAGAGGGAAUUUAACAGCAUGCAGGACCGAGUCAUGCUCUUGGCCGACAGCUCCGAAGACGAAUUUUGAGUGGAACUGCAGUGUCCUUGGGAGAGCCGGUGACUUUUCAGAGGAGGGAGGGAGGAAAGGGAGAGAGGAGGAGGCGAAGAACGAGUGAUUUUUGUGCUGCAGCGCUGCUCCCUCGGCUGCCCCGGGCAGGGGUGGUGUCCCCAGCCGAAUGACAAUGACAAUGCUAUGCUCUACGUGUGCCACCCGUGAUGUUUGUUUUGAUACAGUAGUGGAGAUCUCACACUCGCCCCCGGCGCCUCAUUCAGAGCCACAGCUGGAGCUGAUCCACGUGGAUGAUUAUUUUCCUCUUGCCCUGGUGUACUGUUUUGGUCCUGGCUGGCAGUAAUCUAAUCAUAACAAUUGCUCUCACCCAUCCCAGGAAUGGAAAUCUUUACUGUGAAUGACUUCUGUCCAAUUCAUUUUAAAUGUUACAUUACCUGAGCUAGAGUUCAUUAGUGCUAAGAUUAGCUGCUCUGCUUAAUUAAUGAGUUGUAAGCCUGAACUGUAUCCCUGGCUGCCCGAGAAGUGCCCGUGCUCAGGGCUCUUGAUACAGUUUGAAGCACAUUUCUGCCCUUGGGUGCCCCCACUGUCACCCCUUUCUUCCUUCAGCUCUGCUCCACGCUGCUUGGAGAUGCAGGAAUGGCCUCAGCACCUGAUUCCACCAUGAAAUUCCUUGUCCAUGUCCAACCAGCACUGUCUGUUACAGCACAAUAAAUACCAGCACUCACCUACUGACGGGUGGUCUUGCCUGGAUCUCUUGGCUUUUGUGUGCGAGGAGGUGAGAGAAGAGGCAGGUCAGAGACUUCCCCAGCCUCUGCCUCCUGUUGGAAGGACACUAGCUCCAGGUUCAUCUCUUUCCAGGGCUGCAUUCCCAUAGGGAUGAGAGUGGAGCCUCUGUACCCCUUUACCCCACUGGAAAAUGCAUUUUCAGCCCCUGACAGCUGCGUGAACAGCAGCAGCUUUGGGGAGUCUGGAUGGGUCUUGUCUCACAGGAUGGUUUGGCUUGGAAGGGACUCUCAAGGGACCUGGUUCCAAUUCUGACACCUUCCACUAGACCAGGUUGCUCCAAGCCUCAUCCAGUCUGGCAAACAUCCAGGGAGCCACAGAUUCCCUGGACAACUGGUCUCCAGACCAUGGAACAGAGAAAGGCACUAAAGGCUGGGGAGCAGGUGACAGUCACUGUUGAGGGAUUUGUGGCUAAUAGUGGGAAAACAACAGGAGCUGAAGAGAUGUCAGCUAUGGGGGGUGAGAUGACCACACUGGGAACACUUGGCUGUAGGGAGAAAGGUGGAUUCAUGGCACAGAUGGAUGCAGGGGCUUGUGGAGGUGCCCUGUUAGCCCUGAGUACUGAGGGAGACGUGCUUGAGGUGUCACAGCCAUUGAGCAGGGGACAAUAAUGUCGCUUUGCCCAGAAAUACUGUCCAAAUAGCCAGGAAAAGGGCUGCACUAUUGAUCUCUGCUUCCCACUGGGGAAUUGCUUCAAUCUGACAUACAAAACAUCUGUGUUGCUGAGGUGGGAAUCGCUGUUCUGUGGAGAAUCAUCCUUCCUGCAAGGAACAGUGACUUGCCAGAGGAGAACUGAUCAGAAAAGUAAGGGCAGACCCCACAUCUGCUGAGAUUAAAUCCCAAAGCCUUGGGAGAAAUGGGAGGGAGGAGAGGUUGAGGAGGGGCAGGAGCAGGAUUUGUUCCUGUGAAGGAGGAAAGAGCUGUCAGAUGGUGAGCAAAUGUCCUGUGGAAGUAUCAGAGGAAUUGCAAGGCAGAGAGGACAGUCAGAAGACCCUCGUGAGGUGAGAUCUCCCUUGAGAGGGUCAGGGCCUGCUCUGGACAUUAAGUUAUCAGAUGUGAUGAUCUGAACAACCACUGCUCAUCAGAGCCCAGGCACUCUCCUGUGAGCCUGUGGCACCCACUGGGGCACCUGGACAAGAACAGGUGGGACAACCUGGUUUCAAAAUGCUGCUCUAAUGCUCAGUCUUCCAGUCCAGCAGCUGUGUGUGGAACCUCAGUCAUUCCUCCUGCUGGGUGCAUGGGGAGCAGGCUGUGGAGACAACAUUUUGGAGGGGUUCUUCCUACCCUAAUUCCUCCAGGAGAAGCUUCCCCAGACAGGGCUCCACAGUGCAUCUCUCCCUUCUUGUUCUUGAAACUUCAUCCAGGAGGAUUUUGCCUUGCUAAAAGCAGCCCCACAUCUUUAACAGGCACUGACUGGCAAUACACCAUUAAAUCCAAAAUUAAGGCCUCUUUCUCACACAGUAAGUGGUCACUCCAAGUUAAGAUGAACUUUUCCCUCCAGGAUCUCUCCCCUUUUCCUUCUCAUUCCUAAGUGUUGGGGCUUGGAGGAGCUUGGGAGGUGUUAACAGUUCAGGGGAUCAUUCCUGGCUGUCUUGCACUAUUGGGAAAUAUUGUCCCUUGGGCUCUCUGAUAAUUUAUUCCUGGUAAGACACGGUGGGGAUUGCAAAGUGGAUAUCUGAUAAAAUAUCUGAUAAAACACAGAGCUGCUGGGUCAGUCAGGAGGAGGAGGAGGGAUGGCUGAGGAAAGCUGCUGGUUUAAGUAGCCCAGCUCUGGCAGCUCAGGAGGAUCCUUAAGGAUGGGUUGUCAGUUUGAUGGAUUGGGAAGGCAGGUGGGGAGGUGCUGUGGCCUUUUGUUGUGCUAAUAAAUCCCCUGUUUGGGAAACACCCCUUUCUGCAGGGGCAGUCAGCUUCCCUGCCUCUCUUCUCCCUCUCCAGCAUAAUGAACUUGAGGAAUUAAAGGCAACACUGCCAGUCAGGAUGAUGAAAGUGGGGUUUUACUGCAUUCGUGGGGGGCCCUGGUGUCCUCAGAACCAGAGUUCCCUCAGAGAGAACAUGGCAGGGGUGGCUUGGAUGCUGAAAGUCGACAAGGAAGGGAGGCCCAGUUGCAUGCACAGUUCAGUGUGAGCUCUCUGGUCUCCUUUGGAGACAGGUUUAAGAGUUAGAUGGGUUUCCCAAAGGUUUUUCUUGUGCUCUCUCUGCACUGCCAGGCCUGACUCUGACUCUAAAAUCCUUCACCCAAGGAUGGGACCUGACCACUGCUGCCAGCUUCCUGAGCUGCCCAGCAGUGCAGAGAUGCCAACUGAUGGCCAUUUGGAGGGGAGGUUUCUGUGGAAUAGCUGGUUUUGGUCAGCCCUGGAGGCUCCCCAUGCCUUCAGCUUAACCUGGAAGCAAGGUGGACAAUCAGAACCAGCCUUGGCUCGAGGGAAGCUUGUUGGGAGGCUUUAGAGCUCAGGUUUCCUGCAGUGCCCUUGGCAUCAGUGCAGUGUCUGCAGGUCCUUAAAGCACGAGCACCACUCAGCCCCUUCCCUUCUCAUUCCAGGCCAAUAGACUUCAGAUUGAGCUCUUAAAAAUAUUCUCUGCACAGCUCCUGGAGUUUGGUUCAUUCCCUUGAAAAGUUCAGUUGGCAGCAGGGAGGGGGCAGGGGUUCAGGUGGGACCUGGAGCUCCAGUGGCCUAACACUGCUGAUUUAAUCUUUCCCUCUGCCUUGCCAAGCCAGCAGAUUCUUUUGGAAGAGGCAGGGCAAGGAAAGCAGCCAAGAAGGGCCCUUCUCAUCCUCUGUGCUGGGUGAACUGCAAGUCCCUGAGUGCUGAGCGUGGUGACAUUGGCAUGUCAAUGUCACUGCAGCAAUAACAACCCCUGGACUCCACACAGGACGAGCCACUCACCUCCCUUUUGCAUUUUCCUGCUAGCACAAGGCAGAAUUUCAUUGUAGGCACUGCACAACAGCUUUGGCAUCUCCAGCCCCACUUCUGACAGAAGCCUGGCAGCUCUUGCCCCGAUGGAAUGCACCUGCACCACACAGCUGCUGAUUCCUAAAGGUGUCUCUGAGGCCAGAUGUUCACCCUGCUGAGGCUUCUCUGGACUGCACUGCUUCCACAGAGUGCUGUGAGCAGUCCUCGUGCUUCCUUGUGGUUUUCUAUUUUGGACAGGAACAACUCCUCAUCCUGUAACUAUGGAAUGUAGCACUUUGUUAAAUGAAAACAUUGGGAAAUAAAAAGCUGUCCAUCAUAGCUGACUUUAA